AUGAGAAUAGAGUCGAGCACAUUUCAGAACGGACGGGGACAGCUGCUGCACUGUGUGCAGUACGUACCCCCUGGAACUCCCAAGGCUCUGCUCAUAUUUCAUCAUGGAUACGGGGAGCACACUGGAAGAUACGAAUACGUGUUCAAGCUGCUGGCAGAUGCCGGCAUAGCGCUGCAUGCCUAUGACUGCCACGGCCACGGCCGCUCCGAACCCACUAGUCAGCGCGACCGUGCGCUGAUCUGGAAAUUUCAGCAUCUGGUGGAUGACUUGUUGGCGUUCUCCAAGGAUGUGAAGCUUCAGUACAGCAGCCGCAUACCUAUAUUCGUGGGCGGGCAGAGCAUGGGAUCUCUGGUAGCGCUGCAUGCAGUGCUGCGUGAUCAGAGCCCCUGGGAUGGCAUCAUUCUGGGUACAGCUACCAUCCACGUAGAGAUGACUUGGUAUCUCAGGAUGCAGGCCAUGGUGGGCAAUCUGCUGGCCACAGCCAUUCCCAGAGCAAGGAUAGUGCCCGCAGUGAGAGGAGAGGACAUGAGCGCCGAUGCAGCCACGAUCCGAGUGAUGGAGGAGGAUCCCUACAACAAUCUGGGGAACCUCAGAGCGCGCACAGCCAAUGAGAUCCUGAAGGCCUUUGGGCAUGUGGCGAGGCUUGAGAGCUCGCUGCAUCUGCCCAUCUAUGCUCACCAUGGCACCCAGGACAGGCUAGCAGACCUCCAGGCGGUGAAGAGGCUGUUGAGGAAUGCCAGCAGCAGGGAUGUGACGCUGUUUGAGGUGGAGGGUGGAUACCACGAGCUCUUCAUGGGACCAGAAAAGGACAUUGUGAUGCAGCGCAUGAUCCAGUGGCUGCUGCAGCAUGCAGACUUUGCCUCUACUGCAGCCAAAAACGCCAACAAUAAUCCCUAG